UGGUCUCAUAAAAUUAAUUGCAAAAAAGCAAGUGUCGCUUCGAUCAGUUACGCAUUAUAUUUUUAACAGAGAAAACAUCACAUAAAAAUUUUAUCAAAAAAAUGAGGGCCAAAAUUUCUGUUUUACCCUUAUUAGUUGUUUUGAGUGUUGUGUUUAUGAAUACAAAUGAAGCUGAUGGAGCCUCCAUUGCUAGAAGUCGAAGAGCAAAUGAUAUGUAUACAACUAAAUACGAUAAUAUUGAUGUGGAUGCUAUAUUGGCUAGUAAGAGAUUGCUGAGGAAUUACGUGAAUUGUCUGUUGGAUAAAGGUGCCUGUACUAACGAAGGAAAGGAGUUAAAAAAAUACCUGGCAGAUGCUCUAGCAACGGAAUGUUCGAAAUGUAGCGAGACCCAAAAAAAGAUUGCUUCCAAGGUGCUGAAUGAGCUCCUCUUGAACCACAGGGAUGACUGGAAUCAGCUGACUGCCAAGUACGACCCCGAUGGCAAUUUUAGGGCGAAGUACGAAUUUGAAAGUGACGACUACUCUGAUUUAGAAGAUGCAUAAUAUGUAGUUUAUAGAAUGUUUAUUAAAAAAUGUGUAUAAAAAUUGAAUUUAAUUGUUUAGGUUUCAAAAAUUUUUGUUGUCUUUUAUCUUAGAAUAAACUAUUUUUUUUU